AUGGAGCCAUCCUCUGCAGCUCAGCAGAAUGGACAUGCCUCAGGAGACACCGAAGCGAAAGCAAAUGGUACUACAGAAAAAGAAAUCCAUGAACAGAUUCAAGCCGAUGUCAUCGUGAUUGGAGCCGGUUUCUCUGGUAUCACUGCCAUGCACAGACUUCGCAAACACGGCUUGAGCGUGAAGUGCUUGGAGGCUGGAGGCGGCUUUGGAGGCGUAUGGUAUUGGAAUCGAUAUCCUGGAGCGCGAGUGGAUUCAGAAGCACCAUUUUAUCAAAUGAAUAUUCCGGAAGUGUGGCAGACUUUUACCUUUCGAGAACGCUUUCCAGGCCACGAGGAGCUUCGAGAGUAUUUUGCACAUAUUGAUAAGAUUUUGAAUCUCUCACAAGAUACGUACUUCAAUGCUCGAGUGAAUCACAUCACGCACAGCAAGUCGGAGAAUGUUUGGGUGGUGGAGACUCAGCAAGGUCAUAUCGCAAAGGGGAAAUAUUUGAUCUUGGCCACCGGUGUCCUCCAUCAAAUGCACAAACCAGAUUUUCCCGGUCUCGACAAGUACAAAGGAGAACUCUACCAUUCUGCAGCCUGGCCCAAAGACUUCAGUGCCAAAGGCAAGAAAAUUGGAUUAAUAGGAGCAGGGGCUACUUCAGUACAAAUUACUCAAGAGCUCGGCAAGGAGGCAGACGAAUUGACCAUUUUCCUCCGUCGACCAUCCUAUAAUCUCCCCAUGCAACAACGCCCUCUCGACAAAACCGACCAAUCUCACCUCAAAAUGUUCUAUCCCACUCUCUUCCAAGCCGCUCGAGCCUCACAUACCGGAUUCCCUACCGCCCAAAUCCCCCAAAAUACCUUGUCCGUCCCCGACCACGACCGAACCGCCCAUUUCGACCGAUGUUGGAAAUCUGGCGGUUUUCAUUUCCUGCUGAAUAGCUAUCAAGACCUCUUCUUCACCUCCGAGGCAAAUGCGGAAUAUUACAAAUUCUGGCGUCGACAAGUCUGUCAACGCCUUACGGAUCCGAGUAAACAGAGCCUCAUGGCUCCGGAAGAAAUGCCAUAUCAUUUUGGUACGAAACGCUGUCCUCUCGAACAAGACUAUUAUGAAAUUCUCAAUCAGUCGAAUGUGCAUCUUCAUGAUUUACAAACUUCUCCUUUGAGAGAAUUUUCUGAAAAAGGGAUUUUAACGGCUGAUGGUACGGAACACGUUUUUGAUACCAUCAUCUUCGCUACAGGCUUUGAUUCUUUUACCGGUUCGCUGUUGAAUCUCAAUUUACAUCGUCCAUCAGAUAACAAAUCUCUUCGAGAAAUUUGGACGCAAAAGCAAAAAGAACAACAACAAAAACAAAAACUAUCAAUCAAAACUUACCUCGGCCUCCUCAUCCCCCAUUUCCCCAACCUCUUCCUCAUUUACUCUCCGCACGCCCCCAUAGCUCUCUCCAACGGCCCGACCAUCAUCGAAAGCCAAGUCGAAAUGAUUGUCGAAGAGGUGAUUCUUCGAAUGGAAAAAACUGGAGCCAAGAGUAUUGUGCCGAGAGAAGCUGCGGCGGAAAUGUGGAAGAGGGAGGCGAUUGAGAAGGCGUAUGAGGGGACGUUGUUUCCGUUGACGGAUUCGUGGUGGAAUAAAGGGGGGAGGGGAAAGAAGGAGGAGGAGGAGGAGAAAAAGGAGAUGAUAGAUUUUAUUGGUGGGAUUCAUGUUUAUGAGAGUGUGUGUCGGGAGAUUUUGCGCGAGUGGAAGGGGUUCAAGGUGGUAUAUGAUGAUCCCAAGCAGAAAUGGAAGCGGAGGUGGGUGGAGUUGAAACAUGUCGUGGAGCAUGUGAUGGAGCAUCUUGUGGGAGGAUCCAAAGAUGCUCAGUCAAGUGGUCCAGCAGCAGACUUGAGAAAUCAUUAA